AUGGAUAAUGUGUCUAAUGUAAAAAGUUUUGUUCUAUUAGGAUUUAAUGACACGAUGAAUUUCAGAGUACCCCUCUUCAUAAUAACUUUACUGCAUUAUUGUGUGAUUCUGUUUUUCAAUAUCUCUCUUGUGCUGCUCAUUGUCUUGGAUGAAAGUCUCCAUGAACCUAUGUACAUUUUUCUUAGUAGCUUUUGCAUUAAUGCACUUUAUGGGUCCACAGGUUUCUACCCAAAAUUCCUUUCAGAUUUACUGUCAUCUUUUCAUCACAUCUCAUAUGAAGGAUGCAUGCUACAAGCUUUUAUCAUGUACUCAUUUUCCUCCUGUGAUUUGUCCAUUUUAGCUGUCAUGGCCUUUGACAGGUAUCUGGCUAUAUGUCGACCUCUGCACUACCACUCUUUCAUGACUAUGAGGAGGCUCUCUCAGCUGGUGUGUUUCUCCUGGCUGACACCUUUCUGCAUUUUCUCCAUCAAUAUCCCAAUAACAUCAAGAGUCAAGUUAUGUGGUAUAAACAUUCAGAGAGUCUUAUGUCCAGACUGGUUAAUUGUUAAACUUGCUUGUCCUGAAGUCAAAAGCAAUUUCCUAAUUCCAUAUGCAACACUUAUUGUUUAUAUAUUUCAUGGCUUUUUCAUAAUUUGGAUUUACACGCAUCUUAUUAAAACAUGCAUGAGGUCCAGUGAAGACAGGGUAAAGUUUAUGCAGACAUGUGUGCCCCAUCUGACCUCUUUGAUCAUAUUUCUCUUUGUAAUGGUUUUUCAGUCGAUAUAUGGGCGAUUUGACUCCACAGAUUCAUCUCGAAUCUUCCAAAAUUUGAUUGCUAUUGAGCUUCUCACUAUUCUUCCAGUUAUGAAUCCUCUCAUAUAUGGAUUCAAACUCACCAAAAUACGAAACAGAAUCCUGACUUCAGUUUAUCUUAACAGAAAAUAA